AUGGAUCAGGCACCGGCGCAAGAGGUGACGGUGGAGAAGACGCGAAAGUGUGAAGGAGCAGACUGCGAAAAGGAUGCCGGCGCGCUACAAUGUCCGACAUGUCAAAAGGCGGGCAAGGAAUCAUACUUUUGCAGCCAGGAAUGCUUCAAGAGGAAUUGGAGUACACAUAAGACGAUCCACAAGGCACAGAACAAUGGGCACUUUAAUCCUUUCCCUGCCUACCCUUUCACUGGUAGCUUGCGACCCGUCUACCCACUCUCGCCACGACGAACUGUUCCCGACCGGAUAAAGCUUCCAGAUUAUGCCGGCAAUGGCAUCCCCAAGAGCGAGCAGGCAUUCUCUGGUCGCAACAGAAUCAAGGUCUUGACCAAGCAGGAACAAGAGGGGAUGAGAAAAGUGUGUCGGUUGGCGCGUGAAGUGCUCGACAUUGCUGCUCGGGCUGCAAAGCCAGGCGUCACGACCGACCACAUCGACAAGGUCGUCCACGAUGCUUGCAUGGAACGAGACUCCUACCCAUCCCCACUCAACUACUGUCACUUUCCCAAAUCUGUCUGCACAAGUCCCAACGAGGUCAUCUGUCAUGGCAUACCCGACCACAGACCGCUCAAGGAUGGUGACAUUCUCAAUAUUGAUGUCACACUCUACCACGGCGGCUUUCAUGGCGACCUGAACGAGACGUACUAUAUUGGCGACUCGGCUGCACAAAACCCCGACAAUGUAAGGGUCGUGGAGGCCUCGCGCGACUGUCUGGAAGAAUCCAUCAAAUUGGUGAAGCCCGGCGCUCUCUUCCGCGAUUAUGGCAACACCAUUGAGAAGGUUGCCAAGGAGCGAAACUGCCAGGUAGUGAAGACAUAUUGUGGGCAUGGCAUUAACCAGCUCUUCCAUUGCGCUCCCAAUGUCCCUCACUACGCGAAGAACAAGGCCAUUGGAGAGGCCAAGCCAGGCAUGUGCUUUACCAUUGAGCCCAUGAUUACGCUCGGGUCUUACAAGGACAAGACAUGGCCGGAUGAUUGGACGUCCGUGACGACAGAUGGCUCACGAACCGCACAAUUCGAGCAUACAUUGCUGGUGACUGAAACGGGCGUGGAAAUUCUGACUGCGAGGUUGGAGAACUCUCCUGGUGGGAAGGUUGCCAUGCCGGAAGGCUUCAUGGCAAAUGGGCAGAAUAUGGAGGAGAAGACGAAUGGCCACAGUUAG